AUGACGAAUAUUAUCAAUGUUGAGAAAUUAGCAGAUGAAAAUCGAAAACCACACAAAACGAAACAGGUGAAGAUUGAAUUAGGAGAAUUAACACAGCACAAUAUCAAACAACUUAAAGUACUUAAUCGCGAUAUUUUUCCAGUGUUAUACAACGAAAAAUUCUACAAAGAUCUAUUAGAAUCCGGAGAAUUGUGCAAAUUAGCGUAUUGUAAUGAUAUCGUCGUUGGCACUCUGUGUUGUCGUUUUGAUUUAUCCGAUAAUCGUCGUCGACUAUACAUAAUGACAUUGGGUGUGUUGGCGAAAUAUCGCGAACUUGGUUUAGGUACUUUAAUGCUCAAGCAUGCGUUGAAAAUCUGUGAGGACGAUGGAAACGUGGACAGUAUUUACUUACACGUACAAAUCGAUAAUUAUACUGCUUUGUCAUUUUAUAAGAAAUUCGGCUUUGAGAUUGUCUCGAAAGCGAUGGACUACUAUCGACGCUUAGAACCAUCGGAUGCUUAUCUACUUGAACGUAAAUUCAAAAAGCCUUUAUCAAAUGAGCAAAUAUCUACAAUCUCUCCAUCCACUAUAACUAAUGUCAACUGA